GUCCCCGUUCUCUUUCUCUCUCCAAGUUCUGCUCAAAUAAAAGCGCAUCAGCUUUUUGCCACAGGGCUGUGAAAUUGUGUGUACAUUCCUGUAGUCAUGUGGCCAGGCUGAGUCACAAGCUGGGAGUGAAAGAGAAAGAACAGAGAGAGACAGAAGAAGAGCGAGAGGGGCAGGAUUUAAAAGCUGCCAUCAGAGUUUAACAUUCAUAUAAAGAGGAAGACACACUGCAUAGAGAAUGAAAGAGAAAGAGUGAGUGGUGGCGAGACUAACAAUUAGGAGGAUGGCAAAAUAAAUUGUAAUAAAGAGUUAAAUAACUAUUAAAACAGUGGGAGGAGCCUGACAAGAAAAAACGGUUGUGGCAACUGCAGGUAUGGCUCUAUGAAGAGACUGACACAAAGUGAAACUAAUGGACAGACGGACUUGUUAUCACAUGCAGAUUCUGAGAUAACACUUCAGAAAUAAAAUGUGUUUGCUCUAUUAGCAAACAAACAAGGCAGAUUGCCAGUUGUGAGUGUUAUCGCAUACAGGCAGUGCGCUGUGCUGAAAAUAUCGAGUCUUUGAACCCCAACAACAAGCUGGACCCUGGUUGAAGCAGGUUAUGCCAGCAGCUGUCACCAUGGAGGGGAGGGAGUGGCGGUGCAAUGAAGAGGAAAGUGGUGAUGUUGAAUCCCCCACAGGACAUUCAGCCAGUGCAGGAGAACGAGGCACAGUGUCCACUUGGACGAAUGGUCAGGUCUUGGUAGCGGUUCCCACAUCCUCUUGGUUGGCUCCCAGGUUUAAAUUUUCACACUGCAGGACUCUUCUGGAGGCAAAUGGCUUCAAGAUUCCAGUCGAGGAAUUUGAGGGUCCACUUCAUAUAGCACUGGACCACCCGUCCGUCAGAAGAUACUUGCUUUUCAACUCAUCCGUUUUUAAUUUCAUCAUGGCACCCUUGUUGUAUCUGGUGCUGUGGUGUGCUGUGUACUCGACCCUUCACAUGUACCUUGAAGGCAGCACAACAAACUUCUGGGUGCUCUGUCUGUGUGUCAGUCUGGUGUCCAUAAUCAUCACCACCAUCAUCAUCCUCAUCUUCCACAACAGCAACAAAAAGAUAAACAUGAACAUAGAUGUGCGGUUGGUGGGGGUAAAUGAGCGGAUGGUCAGACACAGGCUGCUGUUGGGAGUGGCUGACUGGGUACAUAAAUGCAAAGGAAAACUGCAACUCUUCUUUGUGUUCUGGGACUUGUCCCCAUGUCUGAGAUCUCUGACUGAAGCUCUGGAGGACAGGAGUAUUGUCAGAGAUCAAGUACAGAACAGAAUCAAGAAAAGAAUGUCGCACCUAGUUCUAGUGACUGAGGUCACGACCCUGGAUUCUGAGGAUGGAUUAGUGGACGAGGAGGCUCCUGAUGAAGAGCACCCCUUGCUGGUGGGGGGAAGAGAGAGAAGUGCAUCAACAAGUCAAAGAGAAGACUCUAAACUUACAAAAAACUUCAGUCUAAUGCCUGAUACCACCCUUUCAUAUCAGGCUUUGGCUGAGCAGCUCCUGAUGACCUACAGUGCACUUUAUGUCAGACUGCUAGUAUCUAACAAGCUUCCUGCUUCUUCACAGUGUCCUUUAGGUGCAGGGAAAAAUCAUUCCACUGGCUCUCUAUGUCUCUGUGAGUAUGUAGGGUCAAAGGUCCUGCAGUAGAUGGAACAUGACAAUCAAAUUUCACGUUUAGUUUAACUGUCAACUACAAUGUAGUCACAGACUGUUUUUGCUGCUUUUGAAAUUGUUAUAAUUUUAGCUGCUUCAAGAAAUAUAUUUUUUGUUUCAUGACUCAUUGCUGUGAAUUACGCCAUGUCCUAACCAGGCGCAACACAAAAAAGUAACAAGUGAUUCCUUUCUCUUCCAUGUUAAGUAUAAACAGUUUUUGUUUCAACCAGUUGUGAACUCAACAAGUGACAAGACAUUAGUUGAUUGCUUGGUCUCUAUGUAUAUUGUUUUGCUCUGAGUUGCCCCGCCCCCACUUCAACAUGGUCAAACUGGAAAUCAACAUGUUUCAGAUGUGUUUCCCAGUGGCGCUACUGAUAGGAUGUUGGUCAUGCUACAUCCAUAAUGUGGAUUCUGGUCUCAUAAAAAUCAGGAAGUAAUUGUGUUCACAUAAACAAUGGUUAGCGUGAUUUGGAGGUUGCAUUUUCGCUCUAAAAUGACAUUUUUUCUCCAGCUUUACUCCAACAGCGAGGUCAUAUCAUCAACAGAAAGGGUAAAUAGUGGUGCGAGAAACACCGGCGCUCUGAAGAUGUAAUCAAUAACUCACAAGACGAUAUCUGACGAAACCGCAUAUGAAAGCACACAUCCCAACUGUCGCCAGUGGCGACUAGAUUUUAAAUUAUUGUCGCAAUUUAUUUUUGGUCGCAUUUGCGACCAUUUUAGUCGCAGUGUGGAGCCCUGAUUCCUGUUGACUGUAUUACAUAAUUUACAACUAAAAACACAACUCUCUUUUGGCGCCAAUCUGUGGACAUUCUGCCUCAACACUUUCAGCUUCAGCCACUGGGGGCAGUGGUUCAAAUUUCCGUAAGCACAGACUUUUUGACCUACUGUUGCUGAAUUCACAGUGCGUUUAGUCUGCCCAAUGAAAUCUCAUUGGUAAAGAUUCCUGCUCCACAAAGCUGUCUAUUUUGCAUUUUCUGUCUAUGUUUGAUUAAAGACUUCUAUCGUGGUUAUUUGUGUGAUUUUGAUUUAUGCCAUCUCGCAGAUGUGAAAACUCGUGUCUGCAACUCGGACUCGAGUCACACUUAAGUCACAAAAAAAAUAACUUCCGACUCGACUUGGACUCGAAAUCAUAGACUUGUAAAAAAGUCAUUUUGCGACUGUUUUUCCCACCGGUGCGACAACAGAGUUGGCCAACUCUCCCUCUCUCUCUCUCCAUUUAUUCGCUGCCGUUUUCUGUUAAGCAAUACAUAAAAUGGCAAACACAUCAAAAGUGGAAGGAAAAAGCACUAUUCACUACCCGGAUCAAUGGACAAAGCAGCGCGAGCGCAGAGCAGGUGCUUUUAAGCGUAUCGCGGACCGGUCUCGAGCUCUCAACCUCACUUACAAUCAUUACAGCGCUGCGAGGACCAGCGAGAAGCACGGCGCGAGUCACAGAAACAUCUGAAUUCAGUACAGAAUUCUCUGGUGCAAACCCCUCGGUGAGCAAACUAGUUUUAAACUACAUUAAACGGCCCAACAAAACAGCAUUGAUACUGAGAAAACACUGUGACAUGCACAAACAGAAAUUAGCAGACUUUUCACACAUCACCACCUUUAUCAUGAAUUUACUAUAGUAACAAUAACUGUACUGACUGUAGUAUUUUAGGCAGAAAUAUAUCCAUAAUAAAUAUUCUAUUACUACUAUA